AUGCCGGCUCCUCCAACGACGGGGCUGGAGAACACCUUGGACCGCGCGGAGUGGUUUUUGAAUCAAAUCCGGACUCUGCCCGAUCCGUUGCGUGCGAGACUUACUGACCUGAUCACGCAGCGACAUGAAACUCUGCUACAGGCAUCGCCCGGGCAGGAACUUAUGGAAGAAUUUACGCUUCGUCAAGCAGGCACAGAGGCUCAGACAGUGGUAUCGGCACUGAGAGGGAACAGCAGUCAAGCAAGCACCUUGGAAGGGAAUGAGGCCUCUGCAUCGGCUACGGAGACCACGAAUCCAGAGGCAAAAGAAAGAUCAACGCAGGAGCUUUCCCCUACCACGGGUUGA